AUGUAGCCAGUCUUUAAUAGACUACAAAAUAGUAAUAUACAUAAAUAUUCUAGACUAUAAAAUAGUAGACAUUGAUGGCACUAUCAUAAUACAUUACAGACUUGUUUGACGAUUGAAGAGCUCUUUAAUGGCUACAUCUUACGUCCGGCUUCUGCUUCUUGUUCUCGCACCACUCCUCUUCUUACCGGCUUUUUGCGCUGUUGAUUUUGGGUACUGCAAUAAAAAUGGAUACGAUUACGGUAACUUCAGUCGUGUAGAGAUCUCUCCGAACCCGGUUGGACCUGAAGACAACUACCUAAACAUUACUGUAUCUGGUUAUGCAAGCAAACAAAUGAACAAUGUAACUAUAGAAGUGUACGCAAAAUCAAAGAAAACUACUGACCUUCCAGGAGGAUACUCUAUCUGUAAGGUGGGUAAUGCAUGCGUAAUUAGAUCUGGCCUCUGUUUUAGUCCUGAAUGCCCUAUUGAAGCUCGCACCAAGUUUGUGUUACCUAUUCCCAAAGUUCAAGUGGAUGACCUUGAGGAUGACUUCAAAUAUGUCGUAUCUCUGCUUGAGGACGAUCUCGUCAACUCUUCUGACUAUGAUGAAAAGUAUAUAGAAAGAAUGUGUGUUGACUUCGUUGUACCUAUGUUGGAUUCCACAUUGGACUCUGCUUAAUCAAGUCGGUGGGUGGAAAAUAUGUUAUCAAGCAUUUUUAUGAGUUUUUUUUCGACAUACUCGCGUGUCUUCCCCCUUUCUUAAGUGUGUUUCCAAUAACUAAUACCGAGUUCUGGUACUUUAUGUUGUAAUUUUGGUUUGCUAAUACAGAGUUCACUCCAA